AUGGGGAUUUGCCAGGGCAGGCUGCCGGAAACCACCAAGCCUUUGAGCCACGAACUGAAGGAGAAGCUGCGGUCCCCCAUCAUCAUCUUUGUGAUCGGAGGCCCAGGGUGUGGCAAGGGCCCCCACUGUGCCCGGCUGGCUACCAAGUACAAUUUCUACCACGUGGCAGUCGGAGAACUCCUGCGGGAAGAAGCGAACAAAGCAACCGGCAACAGCAAAGUCAUCAGGGACAUCAUGCUGAGAGGGGCCCUGGUCCCUGCGGGUUACGUCUUGAACUUGGUGAUGGACAACAUGCUUAAAUCGGAAAACGUCAAGGGAUUCUUUAUCGACGGCUUCCCCCGGGAAAUCCACCAGGCCAGGCUGUUCGAGGAAGUGGUGGGACGCUCACCUAACAUCGUGAUAGUGUUCGAUUGCUCCACAGAGACGAUGAUCCAGCGGCUGCUGCUUCGGAGCCACACAGGCACUCGGGCCGACGACCACGACAGAGUCAUCCGGCAGCGGCUGGAGACCCACUACACGCUCUCGGAGCCUGUCCUCACCUACUACCUACAGAAGAGCUUGCUUCGGAACGUCCUGGGAGAGGAGCCCUCGGAAAUUAUCUUUGCCAAAUGCUGCAGUGUUGUUGACGACAUCUUGAAAGGGCAGUCUGUACAGGCCUAA